AUGAAAUUCGCGACCAUUCUGUUUGGCGCUUUUGCGCUUGUUUCUGCAGCUUCCGGCAACCCUGAUACGCCCAAGCUCCGUGUCAGUGUUCUCAAGAAAGCUACUUGUGACCGUAAGAGUCGCGUGGGUGAUACUAUCGCUAUGCAUUACGUUGGUCGCUUAGAAGACGGCAGCGAAUUCGACAAUUCCCUGAAACGUGGCAAGACGUUUGAUUUCGCUCUCGGUUCGGGAAUGGUUAUUGAGGGAUGGGAAAAGGGUCUUCGUGGCAUGUGCCCCGGCGAGGAGCGUCGCUUGACCAUUCCACCCCAGCUUGGCUACGGUAUGCAAAGUGUCGGUGGAAUCCCUGCUGGAUCGACUUUGAUUUUUGAUACUGUUUUGGUCGGUAUUAACGGCGACGAAAUUGACUACGAUGUUGAAGCGGCAUUGGAAAAGCAGGAGGCAAAGACCUCCAAGUUGGUUGCCAAAGCGAAGGCUGCACAGGAAAAAGAAGAACUUUAA